GCCUGGGAUGGAUGGCUUCUCCCAGCCAGCUGGCAGGAGGCUGGGAGCAGAGACCACCAGAUCCUUUCCUGCCCCAGACAGGGACGAGUGCUCAGGAGGCCCCAGCCCCUGCUCCCACACCUGCCUUAACGCACCCGGCCGCUUCUCCUGUGCCUGCCCGGCUGGCUUUGCCCUGGCCUGGGAUGACAGGAACUGCAGAGAUGUGGACGAGUGUGCGGGGGAUGCUCGCCUCUGCCGAGAGGGACAGCGCUGUGUGAACCUGCUCGGGUCCUACCGCUGCCUCCCCGACUGUGGGUCUGGCUUCCGGGUGGCUGCUGACGGAGCCAGCUGUGAAGGUGAUGGGGACACAGUGUGCGGCCUGUCCAUACUCCUGGAAACCCAGAGGUUGCCAGGGAUCAGCUGAUAGGGGGCUGUG